UUUCCUGAUACCCACGGAUGGGAAACCGAAGCAGCAGAAAUCUCACUGCUUGUAUGAGAAGUGAUCUACUCAUACGAGCCCUCGACAACCUGUCUCAGGAAGAGUUCAAAAGAUUUAAAGACAAAUUAUCACACUCUGACUUUGAGGGGAAAGGUAACAUCCCCCGAGGUCAGCUGGAGAAUGCUGAUAGGAUAGACACGAAGAACCUCCUGAUGCAAUUCUAUGGUGAAAUUGCUGCGGUAGAAGUAACCACAGAUGUUUUCACUCAGAUCAACCUCAGAGACGCUGCUGCUAAACUCAGAGAAGAGAGAGAGAAAGCUUUGGGUCCUCGGCAAACAUCUGAAAGAUCAGUAAAUGCUUACAGCAUGAAGUAUAGAGAACAUAUAAAAAAUGAAUACAGCGCAAUAAAAGACAUGAACGCUCGUCUUGGUGAGAAUGUGAAACUAAACAGCAGAUACACAAAGCUGAUCAUUACAAAUGAACAUCGUCAUGAAAAGCAGAGAGAACAUGAAAUAAUGGCCCUGGGACGGAGACAUGCAGAGAUCAUGACUGAGCACGCUACUCCUAUCACCAUAGGCGAUUUAUUUGAAUCUGAUGGAAAGGAACAAUCACCACAAAUUGUCGUGCUGCAGGGAGCUGCAGGGAUUGGAAAAACACUGACAGCAAAAAAGAUCAUGUUGGACUGGGCAAAUGAAGAACUGUAUCAGAGCAGGUUUGAUUAUGUUUUCUACAUAAAUUGUCGGGAAAUUAACUUUGACAGAGAGCAGAGAAGUGUGGAAGAUUUGAUUUUAGGAAAUUGUCCUGAUCAUAAUGCACCAACUAAAGAGAUUCUGAUGACUCCAGAAAAACUCCUGUUCAUAAUUGAUGGUUUUGAUGAACUGAGAUUUUCCUUUAAUCAACCAACAAGUAAUCUGUGCUCUGAUCCCUGUGAGAAGCAGCCAGUGGAAAUCAUACUGAGCAGUUUAUUUAGGAAAAAAGUGCUUCUCAAAUCUUACUUACUAAUUACUACAAGACCAAUUGCCCUGGAGAAACUUGGGCGGUGUUUGAAAGAUGAACGUUAUGCAGAGAUCCUGGGGUUUUCUGAAAAUGAGAGAAAAGAAUAUUUUUACAAGUUCUUUGAGAAGGAAGAACAAGCAAGCAAAGCCUUUAACUUUGUAAGAGACAACGAAAUGCUGUUCACCAUGUGCUUUGUCCCCAUUGCCUGUUGGAUUAUCUGCACGGUUCUGAAACAGCAGCUGGAAGCAGGUGAAGAUCUUGCACAAACUUCCACUACAAUCACUGGAGUCUACAUGCUCUAUCUCUUCAGUUUAUUAGAGGGUCACAGCAGCAAUUCAAAGCAAAAGGUACAAGGUAACUUGAAUGAACUUUGCUCCUUGGCUGCAGAUGGAAUCUGGAGGAAGAAUAUACUGUUCGAGGAAGAAGAUGUCAAGAAACAUGGUUUAGAUAAACCUGAUUCCCUCUUUCUGAAUGAGAACAUGUUUCAAAAAGGCAUUGGCUGCGAACGUGUUUACAGCUUCAUUCACUUGAGUUUUCAAGAGUUUUUUGCAGCUUUGUUUUAUGUGUUGGAGAAAGAAGAACCUGUGAAAAAGUCAGCAACUGCUAUACAACCUGUGGAAAAAUUGUUUGAAAAAUGUGGAAACUCUAGGAAUUAUUUAAUGUUAACAGUGCGAUUCCUGUUUGGUCUCUUAAAUAAAAAGAGAAUGGAGGAGAUGGAGAAAAAUCUUAGCUGCAAAUUUUCACCCAAAGUUAAAAAUAAUUUACUAACAUGGGUUAAAGAGAAACCCUUUUUGUUGUUGUUCAACUAUGAUAAAUUGCCUUCUGAUAAGGAGUCAAUGUUUUUCUAUCUGGAUUAUUUUUACUGUUUGUAUGAAAUUGAAGAAACUGAAUUUGUGCAGAGUGCAAUGAAUCAUUUCACUGAGCUAAAAUUAACUCAUCAUACCUUUACCAAAAUGGAUCAAAUUGUUCUUCAAUUCUGUAUAAAGAAUUGCUGUAAACUGGCGUCAGUUUGUCUAGAGAACUGUACUUUUCUAACUGAAGACCUGAAUGAAGAUUCCCCAGGACCACACGAGUGGCCACAUCGGGCACAACAUCAGGAUGAGUUGCAUCAUUCAUCUAUUUAUCUGCUCUGUCAAGCACUGAAGGCUUCAAACUGUAAUUUAAAGAAACUAAGCUUGGGGAGUUGUGGUCUCACAGCCGCUGGCUUUGGGGAUCUCGCCACUGUUCUCAGCACCAGCCAGAGCCUGACAGAGCUGGACCUGGGUGCUAAUAAUCCGGGAGAUGCUGGAGUGCGGCGGCUGUGCGAGGGACUGAAACAGCUGAACUGCAAACUGCAGAGUCUGCGCUUGUGGAGUUGUGGUCUCACAGCCGCUGGCUGCAGGGAUCUCGCCGCUGUUCUCAGAACCAGCCAGAGCCUGACAGAGCUGGACCUGAGUGAUAAUAAACUGGGAGUUUCUGGAGUGCGGCUGCUGUGUGAGGGAUUGAAACACCCAAACUGCAAAGUGCAGAGACUGGACUUCUUUAGUGGUCAUCUCCCAGGUGCUUGCUGUGAGGAUCUCGCUGAUGUUCUCAGAGCCAACGAGAGCCUGACAGAUCUGAACCUGGGUUAUAAUUAUCUGGGAGAUGCCGGCGUGCAACGUCUGUGUAAGGGACUGACACACCCGAACUGCAAACUGCAGAGACUGGGAUUGCAGGGUUGUCAUCUCACAGACGCUGGCUGCGCGGAUCUCGCCGCUGUUCUCAGAACCAACCAGAGCCUGACAAAGCUGGAGCUGAGUGAUAAUGAACUGGGAGAUGCCGGCGUGCAGCUGCUAUGUGAGGGACUGAAACAAAACUGCAAAUUACAGAGUUUGUCGUUGUGGAAGUGCGGUGCCACAGCCGCUGGCUGUGGGGAUCUCGCUGCUGUUCUCCGAGCCAGCCAGAGCCUGACAGAGCUGCAGCUGGGUGAGAAUAAUCUGGGAGAUGCUGGAGUGCAGCUGCUGUGUGAGGGACUGAAAUACCCAAACUGCAAACUGCAGAGACUGCGCUUGAAGAAAGAGUAUUUAACUGAAGAAAUGAGGGCAGAACUGGAUGCUGUGAAAGACACAAAACCUGAUCUGGUUAUACAGAUACUGGAUUGGUGAGUGGGAGCCACUGCACCAAUGCAGCUCUGACCUGGCUGCCCUGCCACUAGCUGAGGGAGCAGCUGGAGAACACCUGCCCCUAUUGAAAUUGCCAUCCCCAGGGACUCCAGCAGCAAAUGUCAACAUCUGUGGCAGGGGGCUGGGUAGAGAUUGUGAGGGCCAACCCUCCUGCAUGAAGGCAGGAGGCUUAGGAGUAGGAGCUGGGUUUGCUCUAUUCUCACUGUGCAGUGGGGUAGCUGUUUU